CAGGUGGCCUUCAACUGGGCCGUGCCUGAUCACAAUGCGGACGCCUUCCGGUCACCCUGGCCCGCGAGCAGGGACCUGGGGGACCGGCUCGUCUCGUGGCUCUUCGGUGGCAUGGCGCGCUGGGACAGCCAGUACUUCUUGCACAUCGCCGAGCACGGCUACACGUACGAGCAGACGCUAGCCUUCUUCCCGCUCUAUCCGUGGCUCGUCCGCCAGACCGCCGACGGCCUAGUCGACCCGCUCACCAAUGCCUGCCUUUCGCGCCACAGCGUGCUCCUCCUCAGCGCUGUUCUCGUCAACGUGUCGUUCUUCGCCGUCGCCGCCGUGGCGCUGCACCGGCUGACGCAUCAGCUCUUCUCAAAGGAGCACGCCGACGAGGCGGUCCUCUUGUUCUGCUUCAACCCGGCGUCCAUCUUCUUCAGCGCCUGCUACAGCGAAUCCGUGUUCGCAGCCGUCAGCUUCUUGGGCUUGCUGUUGCUCGAGCAGAACAGGCCGAACCUGGCGACGUUGUUUUUCUGCCUGGGCGGCCUUGUUCGGUCUAACGGGUUCCUGUCUGCUGGAUUCCUGCUCUAUUCUGGCUUGGUCUGUGGCUUGACACCUGUGAGAUCCGUCUUCCGGGCAUCAUUCUGCAUCCUGCCAUUCCUUUUGUUCCAGUGUUACGCGUGGUCACUGUUUUGCAUACCCGACUACUCUCAGCGAUUCUCUGCUGCAGUCCUGAAUCAGGCGGCUGAGUCUGGGUUCAGGCUGGCAGGGCGCAAUGCUUCGAAGUGGUGUUCGAAUCUUGUUCCUUUUUCCUACGGAUACGUCCAAUCACACUACUGGGAUGUGGGCUUUCUCAUGUAUUAUCGCCUGAAGCAGCUGCCCAAUUUCAUUCUGGCAUUGCCAGUCGUCAUAGUCGUCCUACAUUCGUCGGCCUCUGCUCUAAAGCACUGCAGUGACAGACGACACAUUCCGUAUCUUUUGCAUGUUGUUGGUUUUUUGAUGAUCACAGUUCUCUUUGCAAACGUUCAAGUGGUGACGCGGCUGAUUGCUGCCUCAAGCCCGGUGUUGUAUUGGACGACAUUUCUCAGUUCCAACAGAGUGGAAAGAAAGUUUCGCUCUGUUGUCUGGGCCGACGUUGCAGUGAACUUGUGGCAGAGUGAUAUCCAUUCUAAGCGCAUCAUCACCUAUUUCGUGGGCUAUGCAGUUUUGGGAACAGCCUUGCAUGUGAAUUUUUUACCGUGGACAUAACUAAGUUAAGUUGGAUGACCUGUCAAAGAAUUGUGAUAAGUUUUACGUCAUGAUAUGUUUAUACCUAAAAUGCCAGAAAUUACACCUUCUUACUUCAUGUACUUACAUGUCACUAUUCCUAGCUGACAUUUUAUAAUCAAGGUCAACUUCACUGAUAACGAGCCAAACACAUCUAUGUUUGACACUACAGGAUAUAUUCAGCAAACUGAGUUCUGCAGUAAUUUUCCAUGAAUGUUAAAGUAUCCCUUUUAAUUACAGGUUAGACUAUAACCCUGCUGACACUUGUACUACAUUUGGCAAAUCAAUUCUGCAGAAUCCUGCUAGGUUGAGUAAGGGUUACGAAAUAAAAAAAUGCCAUCCACCUGAAUGUUUGUUCUACUUUUGUCAAGGGCUUCUAUUAAAGAUUACCCUUACAGAUCGUCUUUUUGUGAUGUCAACAUUUGUGCCAAUGAUAAUUGAAGGUCAUUGUUGACCUGAAUAGGAGACGUCACUUGACGAGCUGUAGUGACUUGAUAUCAGAAACUUGCAUGUUGCUUGGUCGAGUAACAAAAGUAUGUGUUCCUUAGCCUGUAUCCAUUUUGAUGGAAUCUAAUACCUAUUGAUGUUUGCUGUUGUUCUUGGUCUGGUCAAAAGCCAGCCACACAUGGCAUCUUUACCUCUGUGUCUGCAUCUUCACCAAUGUGUGUUUGUAUGACAAUGAUAUAUGCAGUUUAUUACGCAGUCAGUAUACAACUGGUGUGCAUUGCUCUUGCUUGGCAGCCAUUUAUGUGAAUUCAGCAAACUGUCCUUAGUUUCAAUAUAUAUUCCAUGGUGAAUACUACAGUGGUUUCCAGCUUGUUUAAAAGGGCGAGAUGGGCAUGUUGGUACAUCCUUUCAAAAUGCUGCGGAGCUAAAAACAGACAAGAACGAUAAAAGAUGCACUUGUCCUUGUUAUCUUGUUUCGUGCUUGUCUGUUUUUAUCGCUGCGGUAUUUUCCAGCUUGUGUUUUAUGUGUUUCAUGUGUGUCUAUAUUAAAAAAUGUGGAAUUGUUAUGAAACAAUGACUACUUAUAAGCAAGCGGACUGUAGUGAACAUUCCAUGUUUUAUGUGCCAAAAGGCUCAGCGGAGCCGAAGAACAUUCUAGUCGUUUCCUCUCAGUUGCCGGUAUAGCAAGGACAAAUCAGUGAUGGUGAUUGUCCCGAUAUGUAGUUGCAAAUAAAUUAUUUUGUAGGG